CCCAACUUCCUGCUUAACCCUCCCAUGCCAACCCACAUGGCCUGAACCAGCCAUUUUUUCUAAGGAGCAUCUGAAGGAGUCGAGAGAGCGCCAGCUGCAUCAAUGGUGCGGCUGGGGAACUUUGCAAACCAAGAGAGCUUGAAAUCUGAAACUUUCUUCUAAUUCGUUUCACAACGUUAAGAGUGAACAUGGAGAAUCCCCAAUAGACGCACUCAACCCGAAACGGAGCUUCAAGGCGGCCACUCUGCUGAAACCUUACCGGCAAUAGGUUCCUCUACGCACAGUGGCGAAGACCCCUGCUAAGUGACUCCGGAAGCUGACUUUCUACGCACGGGAGAAGACGGCAACCAAAGGAAACAAAAAAAGACGACAAUGCACUCAAGCUGGGUGAUGUUGCUUACUUUGCUGGUUUCCCUGAAAGAGUUUUCCGCAGCGCAGGAUUCGGCCCUGGAAGAAGCCUGGAGAGACUGGAAGAGGACCUAUGAGAGAGUGUACACUGAUGAGGAAGAGGCCUCCCGGAGAGCCAUAUGGGAGAAGAAUCUGCAGAUGGUUGAGAAGCACAACCGUGAGGCCGAUGAGGGAAAACACACCUAUUGGAUGAAGAUGAACCAGUUUAGUGAUUGGACCAUUGAAGAAUUUAAAAGCAUAUUGGGAAGUCUUCCUGAGACAGUUGAUCCUGACAAUGCUUCUCAAGGCGUUCCCCAAGCGCCAGACAUUCAGCCGACACCCAAGCCCAAGAAAUGUCACCAGAGACGUUACGGCACUUCAAGAAAAGACCAACUGGCUCUCACUUACAGAAGAAAACGGGGCAAGCAUCAUUCUGAAAAUUUGGGAAAGCUUUGUCUAAUAUCCAGCAACGGCACCAAGAAACUGUUAGGAAGGAGGUGUGGGUGUAUAAGCCGUUAUCGUCGUCGUUGCCAAAAAUGUUGUAAGCUGGCUUUGUAGUCAAGACAAGACUGUGACUCAAGAUCUCUUAUAAUAAUGUAAGCAGGAUUAAAUAGAAUCUAGCAGAUUUCCCAUCUGCCAGGGAAACAGGUUCCCCCAGGAUAGAGCUCUCUCUCACUUUUUGCUCUAAUACUUAGUUUCCUCAUAUUUCUCCCCUGUCCUGCAACAUGAUAUUUAAGUCCGAUAUGCUGUUUCAUCUUUUUAAAACUAUAGUGGAUAAAUCCAUUAGAAAAAUACAGAACAAAUGUUUAGGGAAACAAGAGGAAAAUAGCCUGAAAGCAGGACAUUUGGAAGUGUCCCUUUUAAUGUCCCUCUCCUUUUUAAUAUUUUUGUUUGAUCGUUGUGGUUCAUAACUUUUUGUUUAAAAAAACCCGCAAAAGCAUUUUGAACCGCAGCUUCCUUUUGCUUUCUCUGGGAAAGUAGGUAAGACAUUGUUCUUUUGACUAUGUCCCGUCUCCAGAGCUCAGGCCAUUCAAAACUUAACCUCAAAUUAUAAGCAACCCUUGAUUUACAACCAUAAUUGAGUCUGGAAUUAUAGUUGUAAGUCAACGUGGACAUUAAGUGGGUCACCAUGGACUGGACACAUCUUUACAUAUUUUGCAGUGGCUGUUAAGGAAUGCCAUGUUUAAUCAAAUGCAGUAAUCAUUAACCAAAUCCGUUAUACCCGAUGGGCAUUUUUAUUGGAAACUGGAAAUAAAUACCGGAAAAUUGCAAAAAAUGUCAAAAAUUGUUUGUGUGACCAUGGGAUACUGCAAAAAGCAGUAAAUGUGAGCUGCUUGCUAAGCACCCAAAGUGCAAUCACAUAACUGCAUGUGUUUUGUAUUGAGAUUGUUGUUAUUUCAAAAUUGGGUGGCAAGAACCUUAUGGGCUUCUUUCAUAAAUCUGAAUGACCCAUUGUAAAUAGAGGACUAGUUUUCAGUUCAGCUCAGCCUAUUUGGUCCCUAAACUGUCAAUAUUAGGGUUUAUUGUUUUUUAAAAGCUUUAUUUUACCGUUUGUGAUAUAUUUUCUAACGGAAAUUUUAUUUCAGCCCAAUUCUAUAUUAUUUUAUCUGGAUCUUCCUAGAUAUUUCUUGACUGACUUUUUCCAAUGUCCAUUGCUAUCAAUUUCUCCAAAUUUGUUAAGAAUUAGCAAACUUAAAUUUUAAUAAAAUUGUUAAUUGUGCCUGUUAUAACUAUUACAUAUGGCCACUUCAUUUCACGGUUAUUAUUACUCUUCUGAUGCAAAUUAAGUUUAUUGGAUCUGAAAAGCAAUAUGAAUUUGGCGAAAGGCAAAAGUGUGAUUUGGAAAGUGCAUGGGUGCAUAUGUAGCAUAAAGAUUUUAUCCUGCUUUUAUUAAUGUAGUUUGUAAGUCAUUUAAGGUAGUGAACAUACAUAAUACUCCUAUUUCCCUACAGAAAGCAGGUGGGUUGGGCUGCGAGGGACAGACAGACCGAAAGUAACCUAGUUGGUUUUUGGCAGAAAACCUCAGGCAGAACUAGAAUUCAGUUUCUAGCAUUCAGAAUUCUGAAUCCAGCACCUCAACCACUAUACCAAACUGGUACUCCUAUUGGGAAUACUUUAUCAAACAUAUUUUUUCCUGAAUUGUGUGGGUAGUUGCACAAGCCCAGGAAAAUACCCAGUUACAUUAAGGUUAUGUACAUUUUGCCUUUUGAAUUUGGAUAAAUUUUAUAAUUUAUCAGGAUGUUAUAAAAUGUGCAGGUAAAACCUUGCUUUGAAUUAUACUUUUGCUUUUCCUUCACCUGAAUUUUACUUGUACACAAUUGUAUUGGGCAAAUUUUAAUGGAAAAAAUAUUUCUAUACCACCAACUGCAUGGUACAUAUCUAAUCACUUUAGUUUUGUCUGCAAUAUUUUUGUGCCACAACUUGUUUUUCAUAAAUGGGAAUGUUUUUUUUUUGCUUUGA